AUGGGUAGCAGGGUUCCGGGAAAGAUAGAGGCUAGAUAUAGCGCAGCCCCAAACUCGAAGACUCGAGAAUUCCAUGUUGAUAGGAAAUGGGAUAUGUACAGCCGGCUAGUAACUCUCGCUGGCACCUGGCUGUCCCUUCUUUCGUCUCCUGUGGUACCGUCUGGCACAACGCUUUCAGCAUGGGCGGUAGUGCCAAAUAGAGGACUGCGCUCUUCAUCCAUCGGCAAACAGGACCCCGCUGGCAAGGAACUCACUGCGGCGCUUUCGACGGGAUGGGAAUUCAAGCUCGCUGAAGAGAGCCAGCCGAACUCGUGGCUCCCCGUUGCCAAGGUGCCUACGGUGGUUCAUCUCGAUCUCUUAGACAAUGAGAAAACUCUCGAUCCUUCCCUAGAUAUACGAAAAGUCAUGGACAUACCGAUGCAAGUUUACCGCUCGAAUGUAGAAGGAACAAAAACUGUCUUGGUAUUUGAGGGCUUAGACACAUUUGCGACUGUGCGACUAAACGACACGGAAAUCCUAAAAUCCAAGAACAUGUUCAUACCUUACCAUGUUGAUGUCACGGCGAUGAUAGCUUUAAUAGCCUCAACACCAUCGAAAUCGACUUUGAGUCUGAAUGUAAGGCAGCCCAUCAUGUGA